AUGGCAUCUAAAUCUUUCUCUGAAGAGGAUUUCUCCUGUCCUGUGUGCUGUGAAAUCUUCAAGGAUCCUGUCGUCCUCUCCUGUAGUCACAGCAUCUGUAAAGUUUGUCUGCAGCAGUUCUGGAACACCAAAGGAUCCAGAGAAUGUCCUGUCUGCAGGAGAAAGUCAUCAAUGGAUCGCCCACCAAUCAGUUUGACUUUAAGGAACCUGUGUGAGACCUUCUUACAGGAGAGGAGUCAGAGAGCUUCAGCAGGGUCUGAGGUGCUCUGUCAUCUGCACAGUGAGAAACUCAAGCUCUUCUGUCUGGAGGAUAAACAGCCUGUUUGUCUGGUGUGCAGAGACUCCAACAAACACAGAGGACACACUUUCAGUCCCAUUGAUGAAGCUGCACUUGACAUUAAGGAGGAAUUCAAGAUCAAACUUGGGCCUCUGAAAAAGAAACUGAAGACUUUCGAAGAAGUUAAACUCAUCUGUGACCAAACAGCUACACACAUAAAGACUCAGGUCCAGCACACAGAGAAGCAGAUUAAACAGGAGUUUGAGAAGCUUCACCAGUUUCUACGAGAUGAAGAAGCAGUCAGGGUAGCUGCACUGUGGGAGGAAGAGGAGCAGAAGAGUCAGAUGAUGAAGGAUAAGAUUGAGAAGAUGAGCAGAGAGAUCUCAACUCUUUCAGGCACAAUCAAGGGCAUAGAAGAGGGCCUGAAAGCUGAUGAUGUCACAUUUCUCCAGAACUACCAGAACACGGUCGAAAGAGCCCAGUGCACACUGCAGGAUCCAGAGAGGCUUUCAGGAGCUCUGAUCAAUGUGGCAAAGCACCUGGGCAACCUGAAGUUCAGAGUCUGGGAGAAGAUGCAGGAGAUUGUCCAAUGCACUCCUGUCACUCUGGAUCCCAACACUGCACACCCACAUCUCAUCCUGUCUGAGGAUCUGACCACUGUGAGAUGGGGUGAUGAGAUACAACAACUUCCUGACAAUCCAGAGAGAUUUGAUCUCUAUCACAGUGUGAUGGGCUCUGAGGGCUUUAACUCAGGGACACACUGCUGGGAUGUGGAGGUUGGGGAGAACACAUGGUGGAAUGUGGGUGUGAUGACAGAGUCUCUCCAGAGGAAGGGAAACUAUACCUCCAAUAGUGGACGGUGGUAUGUGGUGUAUAAAGAUGGUAAAUAUAGAGCAUGUGCCUCACCACAGCCCUCCACUCUCCUCACAGUGAAGCAGAAACUCCAGAGGAUCAGAGUGCAGCUGGACUGGGACAGAGGAAAGCUGACAUUCUCUGACCCUGACAAUAACGCACACCUACACACUUUCACACAGACUUUCUUUGAGAUCGUGUUUCCAUACUUCAACAUGGCCCCUACAUUCUUUCCUCUGAGGAUAGUUCCAGCGAAGGCCUCAGUAAGAGUGGAGCAGCACAGUUAGAACUGUGUUUGUGUGUGUGUGCGUGUGCGUGUGUAUGCGUUCGUGCACGUGCGCGAGUGUGUUUGUGUGCCCUCUCAGUGCUGCCCCCUUCCUGCCUGCUGUCUCCAUUAGAAGAAGGGCUAUAUAUCUCUACAUCUCAGCACUUUUCGUAUUUGUGCUAUAAUGUGUCAUACCCACUGUAUACUAAUAAAGACCUCUUG